AUGAUACUAGCUCGAGGAAAGUGUGGUCUCUCCAAAAGCGUCACUCGAUACCUGGGGUUUAUGGCAGCAGCAGAUCUAACAGUGGUUUUCAUUGAUGUUCUAUUACACCGGAUCAAUAACAUGUAUUUGCCGAUUAGUUUCCUAUAUCUGACUCCUGUUUGCAUUGUAAACUUUGUCAUGUAUAUUAUAGCUGUGGACUGCUCUGUCUGGUUCACUGUUGCCUUCACUUUUGAUCGAUUUGUAACAAUUUGCUGUCAGAAGUUACAAUCGAAAUAUUGUACUGAUAAAACAGCCAAAAUGGUCAUCGUCACUGUGUUUGUGGUGAGCUGUCUGAGGAGCAUUCCAUUUUACUUUUCAGAUGAACCUGCCUUUAUCAUUGACAGCACGCCAUGGCAUUGUGUUCCUACAGCGGCCUAUCUGAAUUCCCCCUUGUGGAAGGUAUACGAAUGGGUUGACAGCAUCAUAACCCCUCUUUUGCCAUUUUUGUUAAUUCUGAUAUUCAAUGCUUUAACUGUCAAACACAUUAUUUCAGUGAAUAAAGUCCGUAUGCGUCUCCGGAGUAAAAGUGAGAAUCAGAAUGAUCCAGAGAUAAAGAAUCGGAGAAAAUCCAUGAUUUUGCUUUUCACUAUUUCAGCCAAUUUCAUACUGUUGUGGCUGACAUAUGUUGUGCAUUCGGUAAACUGGCCAGUGAUGAACUUUAAUUACACUGAUAAAUAUUACAGUAACUCGGUAUAUAUUACCCAGCAAGUCGGGUUUAUGCUGCAGCUGCUCAGUUCCAGCAGCAACACUUGCAUUUACGGACUAACGCAGAGGAAAUUCAGGGAGGAGCUGAAGAAAGGGGUGAAAUAUUUGUUCACACUGAAUGGAAAAUUAUGCAAACAACGAGUAUCUGGCAUCGACCUGGAGCAGGGUAUUUAA